CGCCACCGCCACCGCCACCGGCCCCGUCAGCCCCGGCAUGCAGCGGGAGGUGGGCAGCCUGCCGCUGGCCCCCGGUCUGCGGGCGAGGCUCGUCGCCGCCGGCUUCCAGACGGCGCAGGAGCUGCUGGAGACCGGCCCCUGCGGGCUGAGCAAAGAAAUUGGAAUCUCCAAAGAAGAGGCACUGGAAGCAUUACAGGUUGUGAGGCAGGAGUGUCAUGGGGAUGCAGCAAGGACUGCUGGGGCAUCAGGCGCCACCAGAAAGUGCACAGCGCUGGAACUUCUGGAAGAGGAACAAGCCCAGGGCUUCAUCAUCACCUUUUGUUCAGCACUAGACAAUAUUCUGGGAGGUGGUGUGCAGCUAACAAAAAUCACCGAGAUCUGUGGAGCACCCGGUGUUGGGAAAACACAGCUGUGCAUGCAGUUGGCAGUCGACGUGCAGAUCCCAGAGUGCUUUGGGGGCGUAGCUGGAGAAGCCGUGUUCAUUGACACUGAAGGGAGUUUUAUGGUAGACAGAGUAGUGGAUAUUGCAACUGCCUGUGUGCAGCAUUGCCAGCUUAUUGCUGAAGCUCAUCAAGAAGAAGAUCAUCUAAAAGCUUUGGAGACUUUCUCUCUUGAAAGUAUCCUUUCUCACAUAUAUUACUUCCGUUGCCGUGACUAUAUAGAGCUUCUUGCACAGGUCUACCUCCUCCCAGACUUUCUUUCAGAACAUUCAAAGGUCCGACUGGUGGUAGUUGAUGGAAUUGCAUUUCCUUUUCGCCAUGACUUUGAGGACCUCUCACUUAGAACAAGACUUUUGAAUGGUCUGGCACAGCAGCUGAUCAUCCUAGCAAAUGAUCAUAAAUCAGCGGUAGUUCUGACAAACCAAAUGACAACAAGGAUUGGACAGAGCCAGUCCACAUUGGUUCCUGCUUUAGGAGAAAGCUGGGGACAUGCUGCUACUGUCCGUUUAAUCUUCCACUGGGACAACAGUCAGAGGUUGGCAACGUUGUACAAAUCACCGAGUCAAAAGGAGUCAACCAUACCUUAUCACAUUACAGUUAGUAUUUCUUUUGGGAUGGAGAUACAGAGAUGGGAGCAAAUUGCUAGCUGUAAAGGAAUUUUCAGAUACAUAGACAAAUCUGAGAAUGCUGUUUGCUUUCUUAGUGUUGUCUUUCAGUUGCCUUCAGAAGGUAACCAGCAAUAUUAGGAUGUUUCCUGGUUUAUGAAUAUUUUGCACCUUUUCUCUUUAGAAAAAUGACCCAGCGUGUUAGUCCUCUUAAGAGUUAAACAUUUUGAUUUCCAGAUCAAAUUUACAGACAGCCUGUCCCCAUCUGUUCUUGUGCUAGUACUGCUUAUUUUUUCUGCCCUUGAUGUUAACUUUUGGCCUAAGUGCAAUUACAGAGAACAAUCAUGCACUCUCUGAGUCUUCAUUUUGGGAGACUUGUUCAAGCCAAGCUGUUUUCUCCCUUGUCAGGUAGGUUGUUGUUUCCCGAGUGGCUCUUCUCUGUUCCAGCUGAGUUUAUCUUUCUAGGACAAGGGUGACCAGAAUCAUACAUGGUCUUCCAGAGGUAUCACCAGUGCCAUACAUAUUUCCACAUCUCUGCUUUAAGUGCAUUGCCUGAUAUAACCUGGGUUGUAUUUAUCUCUUUCGUAGCUCCAUUCUACUGGUGACCCUAUGACCAGCCAAUAUAUACAGAUUUUUCUCUGCUGUCACUAUUAUAUGAGGAGCUUCCAGCUUAUGGCUUGAGUCCUUAUUCAUCCCUAGUUAAAUCCUGCGAUUAUUUUCUUUUGUGGAGUGCUUAGAUACAUAUUAAUGAGAAUACAUACUGUCUAAGCUGUAUUUAGGUUUAAAAAAAACCCCACCACUCGGCACUCGUAUCUUCAAAUGUCAGAUACAUAGGUACAUGCUAUAACUAUUUGCUAUGUGUCCUCAUGGAAACACGUUGCCAUAGCAUUUCCUGCAGAUUUUAAUGCUGCCAUAAAAUGAGAACUUCAAACUAUUGAACAGAAAUAAGUUUGUUUUUUUUUUAACCCUGAAUGUAUUCACCUGGACAGAAGAAAUACUGCAAAUAUAUAUAUAUUCUUAGUUCUGUAAAGACUGGACGGGUAAGUGGGACUACAUCCCAAGGUUGUUUGGAUCAUGUGAUGUGAGUGUGCAGCCCUUUCUCUCCAGCUGACAAACAGAUGGAUUUUAUCUUAGACAGUUUAAUUGCCUUUUCCUUUCAGUUUUAUAUCCAUUAUAAAAUAACUAUGCGCUCUUCUGUGUGAAUGCACACAAUCUUGAAAUACAGUUGAGAAUGUAUCCUAAUCAAAGAUUAGUUAAAAUUUAAGAUUAUCCCUGUGUUUUUUCCCUUAAUCCUGUUGAGCUUCUUCAGCAGAUGGUUUCUGUAAGUAAAAAAUGUAUUAUCCCUGUUGCUUUCAUGAAAUUCAGGUCUGAUGAUAACAGUCUGCUGUUACCAUUUCUCAUUCCUAUUUCCAUAGUUUAACUGGAAGAUGUAAAUACAUGUUCAAUGUUUCCAAAUCUGAUCUAGCACAUCUGUGUGUAGCCAGCAUACAAAAAAAGAUAAUUAAAAGAAAUAAUAAAUUCCUGAAGCCUAGAUCCUCAAAGAUGUUUAGGCUUAUACAAAUUGGUACCAUUGACCAACUGGCUCUUCAGUGCCUGUAAGCCGACGGAGAAGUGUCUAACUUAGUGACCGAGCUCUAGUUCUUUUUCAGCUGUGUCCUUUCCAGCAUACUGGCAAGUCGGUCACCAGUCCUGCUGAGAGUGGAAGCUGUGGAACACCUACCAAAAGAAACGGAGUUUCUUUCACAGGCUGAUAAGGAUUCAUUCUUAAAUGCAGAGUAUAGAAAUGUAAAUUGAUUUAUGCACAAGGGAGCAAGUAGAUCAUCUGAUUCACCUAAAUUCCCCAAGUAAUGUGACCUGAUUAUUUGAUCGUGAAAGAGAGAAACCCAAGACCUAUAUUCUGGGUAGGAAUUGUCAGUAUUGCCCUGAACUGUGGAGGGUCUGCCAGACUCAUAAUGAGAAUACCACUCAAGUACUAAAGCCAUCUACCUUUGUCAGUCUUGAUACAGUCUGUAUACACCAGAAGAUGUUAAAAAACAACUCAAAAUACUGUAGACUAUCUGAGCUUUGAAGGUCCAGUUAGCCUUUUUAAGCCUUGGUUCUGUUAGCUACGUUCUCUCCAUCUAAAAACUACUAACAACCUUCACAGAUAUAUAAAAAAUUCUUAUAUUUUCCAGGGGCUAUGCCCAGAAGGUACAUGGCUUUAACUAAAUGCAAAACAUCCAUACUAAGCAGCCUACUUUAUCGCGUUCUGGCCUUUAUAACCAUCGGAAUGCUUUUGCUGGGAGUCUAGCAUGCUGGAUUAAGUGGAUUCUUGGCUACAGAUGCACCUUUGUGCCUAAGGGAAAUGGCAGAGAUUAGAUGCAAGCAGCAGUGAAACACUAGACUUGAAGAUUCCCCAUUAUGCUAUUUAGAAUAACACUUGAGUUGCUUAUAAUAGCAGAGGGACUGCACAAACGCUGCCCUUGUGGCACCUCUUGCCGUUUGUUUCCUUAAAAACAUAGCAGUCUGCGUGAGGUGAGGCAUUUAGAAAUAGAAAUGCAGAGAUGGGAAACUUAAGCAAAACAUUUCGAUUGGGUUUUGGUUUGGAUUGAUCUUGGUGUGGGACACACUGGCAUUUUAGAAAAGUCACGUGUCUGAUAGUAAUUCUGCCUGCUUUUUCACACUGCACCAACCUAAAAUGUCAGCUUUCCUGAAAUGCUCUCAUCCUCACAUUGUCUCUACCUGAGCAUUUAGGAUCCCCAAAGCAAUUUCUUCUUCUGAUUAACCCCUUUUUUUGUCUCUAAGUCUGUGGUGCAGUGAGAGAUUUCACCGAUCUGUCAGCAGUGCUCCCCGCGCAGCAUUUGUCUGGAGAUAGGAAGACAGAGUUGCAGGCUUCACAUCUCAGUGUCUUCAUCUGCAUUGAUGACAUAUUUAACACACUGAUUUUCCAGAUCUUUCAUAUUUCAAAAUCUUUGAAAAUCAGUGAAUUGUGAGCUAAAGUAACAGAAAAUACUAAUGGUACUAAGCCAAAUAGGUCACUUCAAGCUCUCUCCUGAGUAGCAGCAUCUAGUUUUCACUUCUACAUUUAGUUUUUGGCAGUUCUCAUACCAUUGAGUCCCAUGAAUUACUAUGCUGGGACAGUCUUUGCAGUCUAGAGACUGAUUCAGAGAUGCUGUUCUCUUACAAUGUCUCAUUGAUGUUUUCAGUUCAUUAAGUAGAUAUAUGAAACAAAAAUAUCUUAGGUUUUAGAAAUUCAGUUUUGUUUCUGAAAAUGACUGAGGCAAUUAAUGCAGUUAUCUCCUUGCUUCUGUGGGGGCUUGAAUAAUGGCUGAAGGAUUUGGCUUUUCAUUUAUUUAAAUAGGCAACAUAAGUUAAUUUACAGACAAGCAAUGCUUCAUAGCCAUAGGGGUUAUUAGCGGUAAAAUGAAAAUGAUAGCCUGGUGAAAAUUAAGUAUCUUUAAAAAAUAAAAUGAGGAGAGACAGUUAUUAUUUGGCAUGCGUGUUGAAAAGCUUGCAGUUCUGAGCUUAGCCUGGUCUAUAAAUGUUCUGUGGCCGCUCAUCUAAAAUAAAUGACAGCAUCAUACCUUAUUCUGAUCUUCUGGGAACUAGUUACUCAUGCUUUAUAUCCAUAGAAGUGUUAUCACGUGAUCUUGCUUAUAUGUUACAGUCUCAUGGUUUCCGAGAUGUGCAGCCUCCAGCCGUCACUCAAAAUGCAGAAGAUACUGAAAUGAACCCUUGCAAACGGCCAAGGAGAGAAAAGUAAUAGCGACUCAAAAAUUGAAUGUUAAAAAAUGUUGUCCUCCAUUAGAACAGUUGCAUAGUGAACAUGCAGCCAAAGGCAGCCUGAGAGACUCUAACUUAAAUUCCUACUCUGGACAUUGUUUUAACAUAAAGACUGCAAUAUGCAAAUUUCUGUCGCAGGAAAUUCCUUUGUGUAUGGCGUAAUUUUAUAAUAAAAAUCUAUGUUUUCUACA